UGGAAGCCCCCAAAAAUUUGAAGAGAAUAGAUUAGAGUGAAAAAUACCACGCUCUACUUACAAGGGGGCGUCGGCCGGCGAUUCCAGCUGUGGUGGAGCUCCGGUGUUCCUGUUCGAUUAAGCAAGAAUUUCGGUGACCUUCUUUGCGUCACUGGCAAUAAGAAUGAUAUUUACCAGAAGACGAAUGACCCAAUCAUCUACAGCUACAGUCUCUGCAGUAAAGAUUUGUUAACAUCGACGUUGUCCGUAGGUUGUUUCUCUCGUUAUUUCACUGCCAGAAGCUCACAAAGAGUCAAUUUUCGGAGAAUCGAAGUUUAAAGAGGAUAUAUAUGGCUGAUACAAUGAAGAAUUCACUUAUGAAAGUUGGAACAGCACAUACAACACCACUAUGCAGACCAUGGGAUCGGGAAGAUCUUAUGAGGAGAUUGACUACAUUCAAGUCUAUGACAUGGUUUGGGAAACCAAAGGUAGUGAGUGCAGUGAAUUGUGCAAGGAGAGGAUGGGUUAAUGUAGAUGCAGACACUAUUGCUUGUGAGUCGUGUGGAUCACGUAUCUUCUUUUCUACUCCAGUAACAUGGACACAUCAUCAAGUUGAAAAGGCAGCGUCAGUGUUUAGCUUAAAAUUGGAUAAUGGACACAAGUUGCUUUGCCCAUGGAUAGAUAAUGUGUGUGAGGAAUCAUUAGCUCAGUUUCCACCCAAGCCCGCUCAUACACUGGUCAAUGAUUAUAAAAAGCGAUUAUCCACCCUCAUGAAUCUUUCAGCUCUUCCAGUGAUAUCAUCUUCAGCCAUUUCUUAUUUGGGAUGCUCUCAGCUAGAGGCUUUUCUAAAGGCAUCUCCAGUUGAAGGAAGUUGCAACGGGUCUUCUGACACUUCUCCAGAAGAACUGCCUGAAAAUGAGCUUGAAUUUGGCUUGUAUUAUCAGGCACUAAAGCUGAUUAGCUUAUGUGGGUGGGAGCUGCGUCCCCUACCUUACACAGUUGACUGCAAAAACCUUCAGCUUGAGUCCUCUAAAAAUGUCAGUGUCUCAGGUACAUCUCUUUUGGUUUCUACUGCACACAGUUCAAAUUCUAUUUUUUCUGCUUCUCAUGGAAGUGAGAAUAAAGAAGAAAAUGAAGCCAUGGUGGCUUCUGGAGGAGAACAGUGUCACCCCAAUUCUUCUGUUCUCGAGUGCAAAUUGUGCGGAGCAAGUGUUGGAUUGUGGGCUUUCUCCACAGUUUUGCGCCCUUUGGAAUUGCUAAGGGUGGUUGGAGAUACUGAUGUCAGUUUUCAACAAAUUUCUUCUCAUACUGGUACUGUUAGUGGAACCCAUUCUUUAGGGAUCAUUACCAAUGCGAAAGGUAGUCAGUAUGCAAUGAAUAUUGCAUCUACUAGUGCCUCCAGUGAAAGACUUCCAAUUUCAAAAUCAACUAUUGCUGGGGGUCCUCCACCUGCAGAACAAAAGUUUAAAGCUAUGAUAUCUCUUCCGAUUGUUGGACGGAGCUUGAGAGCUCGUAUUUCAUCUGACUUGGAAUAUACAAGUGUUAAGAAGUCUAGUGAGGGAGAUAAAGAUCCAGGGUCUAUCACUCUUACAGAACAAUGUGUCCAGCCACAAGUGUCACAUGACAAAGGACAUGAUGAUGCUACAAGAAAUUAUCUACCCUCAUCUUCAAAUAAUGAUAUCAAUGGGCAAGAACUUGUAGGAAGUAAGGAACAAGAAUCUACUGUCAGCACUAGUUUUCAAAUGGGAGAUUUGUCUCCAUCAACUAGAGAUGUUGAUAUCUCUGGUAAAAAUGGGGAAGCCAUUGAAAAUGAUGCAUUAGUUGCUUCCGAAACUAUCAGUCAAGAAAAAUGCUUCUUAACUUCAUCAAACUGCAGCAGACAAGUUUGUGACAUGACAGGUGUGGGUGCUGAAGUGCAGCCUAUUACUACUGAUGCCCUACAACAGAAAGAGAAGAAUGUGCAGAAGUUACCAUUAUACAACUCAAUGGAGUUUGACCCAAUUAGACAACACAAAUGUUUUUGUCCAUGGAUGGCAUCGAGUGGAACUGCAGUACCUGGAUGGCGACAAACACUUUCUGUUUUAGAACGGCUGAAAAGUCCGGGUGCUCAAUCUACAAAAUCAACAUCACAUUCGAUAAUCGAGGUUGAUGAUCCUGUUACAUCAGUCAGAAAGUUAUUUAAUUCUCCAUCGCCAAAGCGAAUGAAGUUGGCUCAUGAUUCUUCUUCAAGUUGAACCACCUCGAGAUUGGAAUUAUUCGGUUAUAAGAAAUUUCUCACUUGUUUGAAAAGGUGUUUAAUGUGUUUUUAUACUAUUGUGUUCUUUGAUGAUAGUAUAAAUCUUUUUGUUAAUGUUGUUGUGGUGACCUUAUGGAAGGUUUUCUUUGAGCUUCCAAU